UUGUUGUUUUCAGUCGCUGUGGUGAUACUACUGACAGUAGUUGUGUUGUUUUACCGACGUGAUAUGGUGAUUUCAAAUUGUUAUUGUUUUUAUGUGUUCAUCAAGUUAUUGUUGGCUUUUAAUUUAUUAGUUAUAAAAUAUAAAAAUUUAUUCAGUAAUUUUUUUAAUUUAUUGUAUAAAUUAUGAGUUAUUGGUUAAAUAUUUUAUUGUAAUUUGUCGUCCAUAUGCUUGAAUUUACACCUGUUGCUCUUCGGUAGAUAUUUUUUGAGUGAUAGUGUGUAAAUCAUAGCGACGGUUUUAAAUGCGGCAGGAUGACGACAUUAGAAUUAUAUGUUGUUUAAAGUUUUUUUUGCCUCGAAAAAAGCCAAUUAACGCAAUAAUGGGUAAUUCACAUAGUGGUAAAUCUGAGUACAGCUCUCCAGUGUCAUCACCACAACAUCAGCUACACCUACCAGUAGAAUUUCCAAAAACACAUAAUUUGCGUGCUAGCAUAAGAACUAAAAUACCCAUGCCAGAUGCAAGUGAACUAGAAAGACGAUUUACCAAAGUAUUGGCAUCGAUGAAUUUGCCUCCAGACAAAGCAAAACUCUUAAAACAGUACGACGAUGAAAAAAAAUGGGAUCUUAUUUGUGAUCAGGAAAGAGUUCAAGCAAAAGAUCCACCUGCUCAUUAUUUAUUUAGACUUCGGACCUAUUUGGAUCCAAAGGCUUCUCGAAGUUCUAGGAAACGGAAAAUGGUCGGAGAUGCUACAUCAACUCAAGUUUUAAGAGAUCUAGAAAUAUCAUUACGGACUAAUCAUAUUGAAUGGGUUCGUGAAUUUCUCGAUGACCAAAAUCAUGGGUUAGACUCGUUGAUAGACUACCUGAGCUUUAGACUGGUAAUGAUGAGACAUGAGCAAAGAGUGUGCGCAGAUGUUACCAACAUCUCUACUGAGAAAAUUGCCCAAGGUAAUCACUAUACAUUGCACUCUAAUGGAAUAAAUAGUAAUGGCAAUACGACAAAUCAUGUUAGACCCACUUUAGAUGUUUUGGAUAGCCCCAGCAUUAAAAGAAGAUCGCGACACGCGGCCAAGUUAAAUAUGGGUGAUACCAAAGAUGAUAUACAUGUUUGUAUCAUGUGUUUGAGGGCAAUCAUGAACAAUAAGUAUGGAUUGAAUAUGGUCAUCCAACAUACCGAUGCGAUUAAUAGUAUUGCUCUUAGUUUAAUGCAUAAGAGUUUAAGGACAAAAGCUUUGGUACUAGAGCUUCUGGCCGCUAUAUGUCUAGUCAAAGGUGGUCAUGAGAUCAUUCUAUCAGCAUUUGAUAAUUUUAAAGAAGUUUGUCAGGAAAAAAAACGUUUCCAAACCUUAAUGGAUUAUUUUAUUAACUACGAAGUUUUUCACAUAGAAUUUAUGGUUGCUUGCAUGCAGUUUAUAAACAUAAUUGUACAUUCGGUUGAAGACAUGAAUUUCCGUGUUCAUUUGCAAUAUGAGUUUAGUACAUUAGGUCUUGAUGAUUAUUUGGAUAAACUGAAAAAUACAGAAAGUGAAGAGCUUCAAGUUCAGAUAUCUGCAUAUCUUGAUAAUGUGUUUGAUGUAGCUGCUUUAAUGGAAGACAGUGAAACAAAAACAGCUGCAUUAGAAAAAGUUGAAACUUUAGAAGAUGAGUUGGCACAUGCACAUGACAGGCUAGGAGAAUUAGAGCGGGAAUCUUUGGCUCAAUUGGCUGCUCUAGAGAGUGCAUUAGGUAUGGCUCGAGCUGAGAGGGAUGCAGCAGCUGAGAGUAAACGUGCUGUUGAAGAAGAAGUAGCAACACUAAGGCGUGUUGUCAAUGAUCAAAAACGAGAAUCUCAAUCUAGGCAAUCAAUGCUUGAAGAAAAAAUCCAAGAACUGAUCUCACGGGGAGGAGCUCAUCCUGAUUUAAGCUCUAGUAGUGGUAUUUCUAGUUGUUCUUCAACAGGUAGUAAUAGUAUAUCUAUAUCACCACCUCCUCCGCCACCUCCACCACCUGCUGCAGCUUCGGUAACUUCUAUAGCUGCUCCUCCACCACCGCCACCUCCACCAAUUUCAUCUAAACCUACAAGUAUUCCAGCACCUCCACCUUUAGCUGGUACAAUGCAAGCACCAGAUGGUGCCAUGACUAUCAAACGUAAAGUGCUGACUAAAUAUAAGUUACCAACUCUUAAUUGGGUGGCCAUGAAACCAAAUCAAGUUCGAGGUACCAUUUUUAAUGAAUUAGAUGAUGACAAAUUACACUCUGUGAUAGACUUUGGUCAGUUUGAAGAAAAAUUCAAAUUAACAGCUGCUGGACGUGCUCUUAUCAAUGGUGAUUCUGAUCAGCAUGAUGGUUUGAUGACAUAUCCUAGUAAGCGAAUGAAAAAGCAAGAUAGUAUUUCUCUUUUGGAACAUACUCGCUUAAGAAAUAUAGCUAUUUCAAGAAGAAAACUUGACAUGCCUGUAGAUCGUGUUAUAAUGGCUGUUAAUUCCUUAGACCUAAAGCAAGUACCUUUAGAAAGUGUUGAAAUACUCCAAAGAAUGAUUCCUACUGAUCAAGAAAUAAAAUCGUAUAGAGAGUAUCAGCUAGAAAAAAAAGAUACAAAUAUGUUGACAGAAGAAGAUAAAUUUUUAUUGCAACUAACAAAAGUAGAACGACUGGCUACUAAAUUAUCUAUUAUGAGUUAUAUGGGUAAUUUCAUGGAUAACAUUCACCUAAUAUCUCCGCAAGUACAUGCAAUCAUAUCAGCUUCUAGUUCUGUGAAGAAUUCUAAAAAAUUCCGCAAAGUUUUAGAAGUAGUUUUAGCUUUUGGUAAUUAUAUGAACAGUGCAAAACGAGGACCAGCUUAUGGUUUUAAAUUACAAUCAUUAGAUACAUUAGUAGAUACAAAGUCUAGUGAUAAACGCAUGUGUUUAUUACAUUUCAUUGUUGAUACUAUCAAAUCCAGUAUGCCAGAGUUAAUGAAUUUUGAUUCUGAGUUUAUGUACAUUGAUAAAGCAGCAAUGGUGUCUCUCGAGAAUGUUAUUACUGACGUCAAUGAGUUAGAAAAGAACAUGGAAAUCGUCAAAAAAGAAUGUGAAACUAGAGUUCAUGGUAAUACUCAAAAUGUAUUGAUUUUAAGAGAUUUCCUUAAUAACUCUGAAGAAAAGCUGAAAAGAUUAAAAAAUGAGUCUAAAACUGCUCAAGAAACAUUUAGAGAUUGUGUAGAAUAUUUUGGUGAGCCUCGUCGGGGUACUGAUGCAAAUUCUUUCUUCUCCAUGCUAGUACGAUUUGUUAAAGCUUUUAAGACAUCUGAUGUUGAAAAUGAACAAAGAAAGCGCUUAGAAGAAGCUGCUAGUCAGAUUAAGGCUAGUACUGAAAAUGUAGCUGCUAAAAGUAAAGCCAAUCAAAAAAUACAACAAGAUGCUGUAAUAAAUGAAUUGAAGAAUAAAACCAAAAUGGUUAAAGAAAAAAAAUUGUUACAUCAAGAUGAAGUGUAUAAUGGAGCAUUAGAAGAUAUUUUAUUAGGUUUAAAAAAUGAACCUUAUCGACGUGCUGAUGCUGUUCGAAGAAGCCAAAGAAGGCGAAUAGACAGUAAUCGGUUGUCAAGAACUUUAGAAGAAUUAGAUAUUUGAGAAUCAUCUUUAAACUGAAGGAUUUCAAAAUAUGGAACACAUUCCAAAUAUUUGUGACAUUUAAUUUAAGUUUUGACAUAUAUUUGUUUUGUUUAUAUCAUUUGUUAUUAAUAAAUUUAUUUAUAUAUAUAUAUAUAUUAAAAUAAAUUUAUGACUGUUUUUUUUUUAAUUAUAAGAUAAAUGUUAUGUAUUGUAAUAUAAUAAUUUUUGAUGAUGCAAAACUUUUUAGUUUUGAUUU